GUUUGCACACACCAGGCUGAUAAGCCCAGGCAGAAUGACAGUGACAGCUGCCUGUGGCAUUCAGAGGGUUUUGAACUGUUCUGUUCCACAGGCUCAGGGACAAGUAUAGCAUUACAACCCAACUGCUCAGAGAGAAACCACCUAACCUCGCCCUCGGGAAUGGGCCUGGCUGUCCUACGGCCUCAUCAAGGUGUCUUGGACACCUGCAGGACCUAACCUAGACCCUCUGUGAGCUUCCUUCGCACUGUACUUCCUGGGCACCAUCCUGUUCUCAACUCCACCUGCGCUCCCUGCCUGUGACAACUAGGAUCUUAGCAGCUGGUGUAGGACACAAUCCCAGCCUUCGGGAGACAGGUGAGAAAGUGUGAAAAGGAAGGUAAAUGGGGGCCAAGCACUCAAAUGCCGGCUCCAAGGACAAGGGUCCCCAGGGGGUGGUGCUCCUGUGGAGGAGGCAGAAAUUGUCCCCAUGGGACGAUGCCCUGCUCUCAGGAAAGGACCCACGGUCCCUGCUGAAGCGGGGCAUGAGCCACAUCAGCUUCAGCCUGGUCACCAAGGGAAUGACAGACAUCCCUGACUUUCUGUGGGGCUUGUCUGAGGUCCAGAAACUCAACCUGUCUCACAACCAGCUCAAGGUUCUGCCUCCUGAGGUGGGGAGGCUGACCCGGCUGGUGGUUUUGAACUUGUGUGGGAACCACCUGAAGAGCCUGCCCAGAGAAAUCAGCCUCUUGAAGGGCCUGAAAGUGCUGUUCGUCAACAUGAACUGCCUGACCGAGGUGCCAGCCGAGCUGAGCGCCUGCAGGAACCUGGAAGUCCUGAGCCUGUCGCAUAACAGCCUCUGCCAGUUGCCUGCCAGCUUCGCCGACCUCUCCAGAGUGAAGAAGCUGAACCUCAGCAACAACUGUUUCGCUCACAUCCCUAUCUGCGUGUUUGCACUGAAGGAGCUGGAUUUCUUGCACGUGGGCUCCAACCGCCUGGAGAACAUCGCCGAGAGCAUCCAGUGCCUGAGCAGCCUGCAGAUCUUCAUCGCCGAGAGUAACAACAUCCACUCCUUCCCACGGUCGCUCUGCCUCCUCACCAGCCUGGAGCUCCUAAACUUGAACAACAAUGACAUCCAGACCCUCCCGGACGAACUCCACCUGCUGUGUCGACUGACGAGGAUUGCUUGGAAUCCCAUGGACAAAGGACUCCACAUUUCCCAUAACCCUUUAUCCAAGCCCCUGCCAGAGCUGGUGGAGGGGGGCCUGGAGAUGCUCGUCAGCUACCUGAAGGACAAAAAACACAACUGAUGUCACCACUGGAGACAGGAGCAGUAUCCCGCUCACUGAGUCUGUCAACUGGGUACUUCUCUAGUCUCAGGUUUCUCCUCUUACUGUGGUUCAAGGCUUGUGCUGAUAUUUAUGAAUCAUUGUUGAACACCAUCCUAGACAAGUGUUUGCUUUUAUUAAGUCUGCAUAUUCCCAAUAACCCCCAUAAUAUCUUGUUCAUCUCCUUGUAAAGGUAAAUUGAAACAGGUGUUUGGUUUUCUCAGAAGACAAAUAAUUUCUCUGAUUCUCCUGAGAAGCCCUGGGAUUCAGCCUUUGGGAUAGUGGUUGGCAGUUCUGAUUCAAUGGAAUUCAAAAGUCAAAUAUUUGCUAUGUAUGUGCUGUGUGCCAAGUAGGGUAUAAGGCAUUGACACCAUCUGGUUUCAACCCUUGAAUUGGCAACCUGCAGCAAGGUGGCAACAGCAAGACAUGCUCUUACGUCUGCCGUGACCAAGCAUUACUUGAAACCAAAGAGCAAGCUGGAACCUUGCUCUCCUGGAAGUGACCAAAACAGGCAGAGCUUUUCCUUUGAGUUCUGGGGGGGAAGAAUCAUAGGAAAUGUAUCUCUAAAAGGAUUGUAGAGUAAUAAUCAAGCUGCUCGUGUUUAUGUCUGGUAGUGAGUGACUGGAACAGCAUGAUGGCUUCAGAUAAUAAAUGCAAACCAAUGUUAA